UCUCUCUCUCUCUCUCUCUUCCCCUCCCCCCAUCUCCUUUCCUCUCCCCGGGGAGGGGCUCCAAAAUCCUGGGUCCGUGGCGUUUUCCCGAACAACCAUUUGCGUGGUGCGAAGAGCUGGCGUUAGCAAUGGAGUUUUGACGAGGAUUUGAGCGAGUGCGAAGGGGUUUGGACCUUUCGAUGCUGUGUCGGAGACUCGGGAGAUUUCUCCGGGGAGUUGUUUCCGUAGUGUUCGUUGAGAGACCAUGAGCUGCUUCCCUUGCUUCUCUUCCGGCGAGAAGAAGGCGAAGAAGAAUGCAGCCGCUGCCGCCGAGAACGACUCCGCUCCGCCCGCGCCCGUCCGCCACGCCGAGGUGACCGCGAAGACUGACAACAAUGCGGAGAAGAGUCCAGGAGAAACAGCUGCAACACAGAAAGAAGCUGGCAAUGGAAAUAUUGCAGCACAAACAUUCACAUUCCGCGAACUCGCCGCCGCGACCAAGAACUUCCGACCCGAUUGCCUUUUGGGUGAGGGAGGGUUCGGAAGAGUUUACAAAGGUUGCCUCGAAAAAACAGGCCAGGUUGUAGCUGUUAAACAGCUAGACAGGAAUGGCUUUCAAGGCAACAGAGAAUUCUUAGUUGAAGUUUUGAUGCUUAGCCUUCUGCACCAUCCGAAUUUGGUCAAUCUCAUCGGAUACUGCGCAGAUGGUGAUCAAAGAGUCCUGGUAUAUGAGUACAUGCCGCGGGGCUCAUUGGAAGACCAUUUGAUCGAUCUCUCGCCCGAUCAAAAACCUUUAAACUGGUUCACCAGAAUGAAAAUAGCUUAUGGUGCUGCUCAGGGCCUCGAGUAUUUGCACGAUAAGGCCAACCCGCCAGUUAUAUACCGCGAUUUAAAAUCUUCCAAUAUUCUACUCGAUGAGGAAUUCAAUCCCAAGCUCUCGGACUUUGGGCUCGCGAAGCUCGGCCCCAUGGGUGACAAGCUGCACGUCUCGUCGAGGGUUAUGGGGACUUAUGGCUAUUGCGCACCUGAGUAUGCGAGAACAGGCCAUCUGACCGUGAAGUCAGAUGUGUACAGUUUUGGAGUGGUUCUUCUCGAGCUUAUCACGGGGAGAAGAGCAAUCGACACUACAAAGCAAACUCAUGAGCAAAAUCUUGUCACUUGGGCAAUGCCCAUGUUCAAAGACCAGAAAAGAUUCCCUGAGUUAGUCGAUCCCCUUCUUGAAGAAGACUACCCGCCGAAAGCCCUAAAUCAAGCGGUUGCAGUUGCUGCAAUGUGCCUUCAAGAAGAGGCUUCGGUGCGGCCGUUGAUGGCCGACGUUGUCAUGACCCUAAGCUUCCUCACAACUCCUCCACCUGAAGGAAGCCCAGCUCACGCUCCAGGCGUCGUGCCACCGGAAAAUGGUAGAGAAGUCGAUCAAGCCCAGUCAGACCACGAAGAGCAUGAAGAGAGUGAUGAAGAAGAAAGUGAGGAUGGGGAUGAAGGAUACAUUCAGCUGGGCUCUUCGAACUCGAGACACCAACAAGAAUCCUAAUACGAAACGAGGGGUCGUGAUACUAACAGAGGAGGAAUUGAACCUAAUCAUUCUUUCACAAAGGUAGGCUUCACUAGGUUCAAUAGACCUAAUCUUUUAAUGGUAUUUUCUGCUCUGCCUAUAUCACCUCCCCAAAAAGAAAUGGCCUGUUAAUAUUGAGAACAUUGGGAUUGGUUGGUUCAUUAGCUUGGUUAUUUCCCGAAGUUUGAUUCAAGUUGGAUGUGGACUUCUGAUUGUUAUUGUCAGGGCUGAGAUCAGAAGCAUGUCAAAUUUGGGAUUCAAAUUAUCUGAUGGAAAGGACCUUUUUCCUUCUUUUUGCAUGUUAAUGGCAUAAUUCAUGUCAAAUGUUGUAUAAUUAUGCACGAUGAGAUAAAAUUUGAAUGCCGCGCAUUCACUCGGUUACUCGGAGUUGUACUAUAAAGAAUACAAAAUGUUAUUUAUGUGAGUUUAAAAGGGCAAUGUGGUGUAUACAGAAAACAAAUCAGAUAAUUAUUUUGUGAUA